AUGAAUUUCGAUAAUCUCUUUCGACAUUUUAUAUUAACUCAAUCAUUUGUACGUGAUUGGGGAAAUCCAUUUCAUUUACAAGAAAUUUUUACCUAUAGACGUGAAAAAAUUGGUAAACAAAAAGGUAAUCAAAAUUAUAUAAAUGCUCGAUUUCGUUUACCACUUGCCAAUUAUUUACCACAUUUGGUUUCAUCUCAAGUAGCUACAGCUCAUUUUCAACAUGUUCUAUCACGUGAUCAUCGUUUUGGUAUUGAUUCAAUCCCAAUAGGAAUUUGUUAUGCUGGAACAGGUGAUCAUGGUUUUAGUCGACGAAGAUUAUUUAUUGCAGUUCUAUUAAUUAAUCAAUACCCUAUAUGUUCAAUUCUUCUUGAAAAUCCAUAUUAUGGUUUAAGAAAACCACCAGAUCAAUCUCAUUCAUCAUUAUUAUAUGUUACCGAUUUAUAUAUCAUGGGUGAAGUACUUGUUUUAGAAACACUUAUACUACUUCAUUGGUGUCAAAAAAUGAAGUUAACAUCAGCUAUUCUACAUGAUUUUUCUUUUGGUGAACAUAUGGCUUCAUUAGCAUUUACAAAAUGGCCUGAUCCUCCUUCUCGAUAA